GUCAACAGACAGGUGGCAGCGGCCAUGUCAACAAAGCACACGUACAGACACGUUUGGCGGUUUGUUGUCUUUAGUGCUUCGUCGGCCAUGUUUUAGUCGGACAUCACAGUCAACUUUGCUCCCCAAAUAAGGUGAUGCCUCAGCUGACGGCCGCCACCGCACUCCAACUGGCGCUGCUGCUGUCCGCCUUGCCGGCCCAAUACUUCAUCUCCCGCUGGAGCGGCUACACGGCGGCGCAGCGCCUCCACGCGUCCACACGGUUUCUUAGAGUGUGGAAAGAGUGGAGCAGGUCUUACCUCAAUGGUAGCGCGUGGACAGAGUGGACAGUGCAGCAGAUGUCCAAAGUAUGGUCUUUCCUUGGUCUCAAUACUGAGGAUGACAUGACUCAGAAGAUGGUUGACAUGGAGACCCUGAUGAUUGACAACAACCAGGGAUUUUUUGGAGCCUCCAAGGCGGUGCGCAGUCCACGGCCGCCCUUUGUCUUCCUGCGGGUGGGUGAGGUGGUAAUGGACAGGAAGGGCCACCAUGUUGGGGUGGUGGUCAGCUGGGACCCUGAGAUGCGUGCCCCCGCCGAGUGGGUGAUCAAGGUGUACAGCAACAUGGAGGGUCGUGCAGCAGAGAAGACGCCGCACUACAAGGUUCUGUUUGGUGGGCCCAGGUCAUCCUCUCUGUUUGUGGCCUACUUGCCUCAGACACAACUCAAGCGCCUGAGGGGAACGCAGCCGGACAUUCCCACCUUGGAGAGGUAUUUUACGCAUUUUGAUGGCGAGCGCUUCGUCCCACUGCCCUGGCUCAGAAAGAUCUUCCCUGAUGAUGAGAUAAUGGACGCCUGAGCGAACGUGUCAUGGAAAGGAUGACUGUCUUCUAAGCACCAGCAAAUUUGAAUGUAUUUUACUUGUAGUACUGUGAAUAAGUGGUAGAAAAUGGAUGGAUGGAUGGACUGUGUAACAGCACUGAGUUACAACUACUCAUUAUUAGCAAUACCUCUAAGGGUGAACACAACCAGUUUCUCCCCAUUGGAAUGAAUACACAGUACAGGCCAAAAGUUUGGACACACCUUCUCAUUCAAUGUGUUUUCUUUAUUUUCAUGACUAUUUACAUUGUAGAUUGUCACUGAAGGCAUCAAAACUAUGAAUGAAC